AUGGCUGCCCUCGCAAGUUCACUCAUCAGGCAGAAACGGGAGUUGAAGGACCAGGGUAACAGUCGGCCGGCUCCCGUCAGGCAGAAGCCCAGCCCCAGAGGCAAGACCUCGGUGUGCCAGAAGCAGUUCCUGGUCUUCAUCAGUAAGGUGCGGCUGUGCGGAGGCAGGACAGGGAAACUGGAGCGAGGGACCGACGGCCUGUUGAAGGGAAUUGUCACCCGCCUCUUCUGCCAGCUUGGAUACUUCCUGCGCCUGGUGCCCGGGGGGAGACUAGAUGGGACAGAGGAUGAGAUGAGUACGUACGUGCUCUUCAACCUCAUUCCCGUGGGCCUGAGGGUGGUCGCGAUUCAGGGGGUGAAGACCGGACUCUACAUCGCCAUGAACUGCAACGGAUAUGUCUACACAUCGGAACACUUCACUCCCGAGUGCAAGUUCAAGGAGUGCGUGUUCGAGAACUACUACGUCACCUACUCCUCGGUGCUCUACCGGCAACAGGGAUCCGGCCGCUCCUGGUACCUCGGCAUCGACAAGGACGGCCAGACCAUGAAGGGCAACCACGUGAAAAAGACUAAGAGGGCCGCCCACUUCCUGCCCAAGCUCGUCGAAGCUGCCCUCUACCAGGAGCCGUCCCUUCACGAGCUGAGCGAGGAGCUCCCCGAGGCCAAGAAGGGAACCAAGAUGGCGGCAGGACGAGCGGCCAUGAACGGCGAGAAGGAGUCGGGCCCGAAGACCGAGGCAUAG